AUGGAAGAAUCCAAGGACAUCGUUGAGACCCCACUGCUUGUCCUGGAGACGUCAGGACUCGAAAAAAAAUCCAAUAAUGGCAAUACCCCCGUUCCAGCAAGCUCUGACCCGGUGAAGGUAUUCAAGCGAUGGAUAAAUAGUCUACGAUCCCGGAGAGGCUUUCCUCCUUCUGAUCCUCAGAGAUACGUCGAAGGCUGGAUGGAGAUUCCUCAAGCGGACUCUGACACCGGUCCUAAACUCUCUCUGACCCACGAAGCUCAAGAAAAGAAAUGGGAGUCUUGGUCGAAUCAUUCCUCACAUCUCGAGACAGUCAAGACAACAACAAUCAGCAUUGCUAGUCAAAGUGUUGUGCGUUCGAGAGGCACCACGCAGAGUACCACAAAUCAGAGCAUCAAGUCAGACCUUCGUGAAUCGCUAGAGAGCAUAAGACCAGCCUUGAGUUCUACUAUCGACGAAGACGCUCAAAAUAGAGCAAUCAAGAGGCGUCGUGUCCUGCGAGAACUGGUAACUACAGAGUGCGAUUAUGUUUUCGGGUUGAAAGCACUUGCCGAUGCACUGUUCAUUUUCUCCGUGCGACCUGAGAUCUACUAUAAUGUCCAGCAGCUUCGAGAUAUACACGAAGAUUUCCUGGCCCGACUUCGCAAGCUGACACCGAUCUCUAAUCUUGCUGGAGCCGAGUUUGACAACCUAGUGCCUCAGCCAACUCAUAAGCAUCUUAGCGCUCUCGAACUGGGAUUCAAGGCACUCCACUCGAAGUCCUUGAGGUCGCGCAGUUUUAAAGCAUCGGUAAACUCACGUCUUAGAGCUCUCGCUGCGGAGACAAGGGAGGCUCUAGAGGUUGCGCAAGCGGUCGGAAAAUUGUCGAGAAACUUCUCGACCUACAAGCUCUUCUGUAGUAGCUAUGGUUUGCUCAGUUUCGAUGUCGAAUUGCUUCGUUCGUCUGUUCCGAAUUGGCGAAUCUUCGAUCUAGGUAUCGAGGCACUAUCAAAAUCCGUGGCUUCUAUCGACAGACAGGCACAUGAGGAACAUAGGUCAAUGGCCCUGGAUGAUCUUCUCAUUAAGCCGGUCCAACGCUUGUGCAAGUAUCCACUGCUACUGGAGGAGUUACUACGUUGGACGCACAUUCAAGAUGAUCCAUCCGCCCACGAUGGGAUUCGACAAAUCCUCGAAAGCGUUCGACGGGUUGUGCAAGAAGUCAACCAAGUCAACAACAAUCCGAUCAACAGAAUAUUAGUCCUGAAGACGAGGGAACUACAGAAUUUGCUGGACUUUCCAGAGGGCAACAAAACCCUUGAUCUUUACAAGCAGCUCGGACCGCUGAUCCUAUGCGGUGUCUUACAUGUUACAUAUUCCUCACCCACGGAGAUCGUCGGCUGUUUCAUGGUCUGCGUUCUGUUCAGCAGCCAUAUUCUUUUCGCUAACAUGAAUGACGACAAUCGAAGGCUCCGAGCGCUGAUGUGCCUUCAUAUCCCAGAUCUGAAAAUUGACACCCCGCAUACUGGCGAAGACAUCUGCUGUGAAUGCGUUUUCUCCUGGAAGCUAGUAUUUCAGGACUCUAACAAAAGAUAUGAGCUACUACUCAGCGCAUCGUCUGCGACCGAGGAGAAGAAAUGGACAACAGAGACGCUCAAGUGUGCGGCAUUGUCUACCAAAGGACAGAGGGACAUCUUGGAAAGAUCACGACGGUACGCAUUCAUAUCACUGGACUUGGUUCCGUUAAGUAGCACGGAGCUUCCUUUGGCACGCCGGCCAUCUAUGCAAGCAUUAAGUGCAUCCCGACCGCCACCUGAAUACCCUAUCAUAGUCAUCAAGAGGACACAUUGCCCUUAUCUCCUAGAGGAACAUAAUCCACAGAAUGGCGAGAGCGAGCGUUUCAAGGAGCACCCAGACGACAUUGUAACACCUAUCAUUGCUAGAAGACAAGACCGGAUUCGCUUGGAGCGUGCAAUUUCGGCAGUCUAUACGCGGGAUGCGCUUCCAUAUCCUGGCAUGACUUUAGCAAUGGGAGAUCUUCUUUUCCGACCAGGCUCAAUCAUGAGAAGGAAUAUCAACCGGAAACAAAUUCUUAGGCGACGUGCUAGCUUCGUGAACGUCAAGGCAACAAGAGCGGCAGCUGCCUCGGUCAAAACAGAGAUUCGUCCCUUGAAAAGUGAUUACAGGAAACUUGAGAAGAGCAAUGGGAGUAAUGUGAUUCAGACACCGAAAGCAAUCAGGCCAGAACCUAAUGACCAGAAGGGACCUUGUCCUUCAAGCGAUAGCAAGGAAACGAUCAGGCGAGCCCGGACAUUCAAAAUGACAGGCACACCAAAAUCAACGCCUUCGCCCGACUCCUUGUUGACUAAGAAGGAGACGGCUCAGAAGACUCCGGAAAUCUCAACCAUGAAGCCAUCCACAAUACGCAGGAUGCUGAAUUCCAUGUCGACGAGGAAACCAAAAAAGAAUGAACGCAAGAGAGUGGGGAGUGGAGCUUCAUGAUGACAAUGAUGCAACUGAUUCCCAGGGGCACCUCUCUACUAGGAGCAAAAGGACAACUUGUGCAUAAGUAUGCAUCUCAGGGGUGAACCAGUACUAACGAAGGCUGGACUUCAUUCUUGCGGUUUCUUGAGGGUUCGAGAGUGUGGGGAAAAUCGACACAGGCGUUGAUGGGCGACUUGGCGGAAGGUGGGGACAAUCAGCAGCGUUUGUCACCGUAAAGCGACCCAAUUGCUCGGCAACUGAAGUGUGGUACGAGAAUAGUGGUGAGAAUGAUGAUGAUAAUGCUAGUUAGUGAUGAGGAAUUCUGAUCACCUAAUGAGCCCUAAUGACUUCUCCACUAAACACACAAGGAGGGAAAAUACUGGUGCUGUUGGGCGGAUCAGUCGACGUAGCAUGGAAAGCACCGAUGACGUCGGGUUUCAUUUCAGCUCACGAUGGCAUGUUUUGAUCACGCUGGGAUGUAUUAUUGAGGGUCUUUUGUUUCCAAGAUGA